AUGGAAAAGAUAUUAUUGCAUGAGCGUGAUGAAUUGAAGGAGCGUGAUGAAUUGAAGGAGCGUGAUGAAUUAAAGGAGCGUGAUGAAUUGAAGGAGCGUGAUGAAUUGAAGGAGCGUGAUGAAUUGAAGGAGCGUGAUGAAUUGAAGGAGCGUGAUGAAUUGAAGGAGCGUGAUGAAUUGAAGGAGCGUGAUGAAUUGAAGGAGCGUGAUAAAUUGAAGGAGCGUGAUGAAUUAAAGGAGCGUGAUGAAUUGAAGGAGCGUGAUGAAUUAAGGAAGAGUGGUGAAUUAAGGAAGAGUGAUAAUCAAUCGUUUUGUUAA